AUGUCCUCCUCCAACCACUUCCCCGACCCUUCAAGCUUCCAGCAACAGUCGAACAACUUCAUUUCUUGGUUGGAAGGAAGCCCGGGUGUUAAGGUCAACUCCAAGAUCCUCCUAGCAGACCUUCGAGCCACUGGUGCAGGACGAGGAAUCGUGGCCCGAACAAACAUCGAAGAAGGAGAAGAACUAUUCUCGAUCCCACGUUCCCUAAUUCUCGCCGUGCAGAAUUCAGACCUGAAGUCCCUGCUCCCCCAAGAUGUGGAGAAUCUGGGCCCCUGGCUGUCCCUGAUGCUAGUAAUGAUAUACGAAUACUUGAAGGGUCCCUCCUCUCAAUGGGCACCCUACUUCCAAAUCCUACCCACACAAUUCGACACAUUGAUGUUCUGGUCCGCGGCGGAACUGCAGGAAUUGCAGGCCAGUGCCAUUGUUGACAAGAUUGGCAAACAGGGUGCCGAUGAGUCGAUCCUCGAGUCAAUCGCUCCCGUUGUUAGGGCGAACCCGUCUCUAUUCCCGCCUGUUGGCCAGCUCUCUUCAUACGAGGGUGAUGCCGGCGCUGCGGCGCUGCUGGAACUUGCUCACAUGAUGGGCUCCCUCAUUAUGGCUUAUGCUUUUGAUAUCGAGAAGUCCGAGGAUGAUGAUGACGAAAUGAACGAUGCGGAUGACAGCUACAUGACUGAUGAUGAGGAGGAGCAGUUAUCCAAGGGCAUGGUCCCUCUGGCUGAUCUCCUCAAUGCCGACGCUGACCGCAACAAUGCCCGUUUAUACCAAGAAGAAGAGUCAUUGAUAAUGAGGGCAUUGAAACCCAUUCGUGAAAACGAGGAGAUCUUCAAUGACUACGGCGAAAUUCCUCGCGCAGAUCUGCUCCGCCGUUACGGCUAUGUGACAGAAAACUACGCCCCAUUCGACGUGAUCGAGCUAUCCUUGCGAGAUAUCUGCCAAACAGCCGGUCUUCCCACUGACGACUUGGAAUCGCAACCUAGGCUUCAAUUCCUCGACGAGCACGAAGUUCUAGAAGACGGAUACGUCAUCCCGAGACCUUUGAACAAUGCCUCGCUUGAGGAUAUUCUACCUGCAGAAUUGGUCGUCCUUCUCACGACGCUGUCGCAGACACCCGAAGAAUUCGAACAGCGUCGAUCCAGAAACAAGCUGCCAAAGCCGUCCAUGGAUGCGAAACAGGCUGCCCUUCUCUGCAAAAUCUUCCAAGCCAAGCAAGGUCAAUAUGCAACAUCGCUCGCUCAGGACACCCAGCUCCUACAAAGUCUUUCCCCUCCCCAGUCACCUGCGUCUCUAGAAGGGUCAUCUCGUCGACUGAAAAUGGCCCUUCAGGUGCGCAUGGGCGAGAAGGAGAUCUGCCAGGCUGUUUUAGCGAUGCUUGAUUCCAUUGUGGCGGCUUGA